GACCCAUGCCUUUUCGCCGUUGUUUCUUCUUCAUUCUUUCUUUUUACAAUUUAACAUUCUUUUUUUCUCUCUUCUCUAAUCUUCUACCAAAUCUUCCUCAAUCCCGACUUACCUGUAUAAAUACCUGGAAGAUUGGAACACCAAAUCACUCAUCUUUUCAACCUUUUAAUUUAAUCAAAUUCAACCAAACUUCGGGGAAUAUCCAACAACUUUUCGGCUGCUUCUUCUUCUUCCAACAAUCAUGGCUUCUGUCUAUCUAUCUCCUCCUUCUGCUGCUCUCUGCAAUUCACAAGCUAGCAAAAACUAUGAAGCAAGGAAUGGAUUGCUUACCACAAAGGUUAGCUUGGCUGGAGGAUUGAAAUCAAAUUUAGCCAUGGUUUGUUUAGGGAGUAAAUCAUUGCGCAAGGUCAAGGGAGAUUUUAGAACUAGAGCUGCUAUUGUUUCUGGAGAGGGUGAUCUAUUGUCUUACUCCAGCAACAAUGGUAUAUUGGGCCAAAAUAUUCUUGACAAUGAUCAAUCCCUUGGAAUUGAGAGGCAAGCCGAUGCAGUAGCUUUGGGGGCACUUUCUGCAGAUACUGCACCUACAUCUGUUGGGUUUUCAAUGGAGAAUGAUGAAUGUGAUUUAGAUCGCCCAACUGAAGGUUUUGCUUCUAUUGCUGAGGCAAUUGAAGAUGUUCGUCAAGGAAAGAUGGUGAUUGUGGUAGAUGAUGAAGACAGAGAGAAUGAAGGAGAUCUGAUAAUGGCCGCAGAGUUAGCAACACCUGAGGCUAUGGCCUUUUUUGUGAAGCAUGGAACUGGGAUUGUUUGUGUCAGCAUGAAGGAAGACGAUUUGGCGAGACUGCAACUCCCUCUCAUGGUCAAAGAUAACGAGGACAAGCUUUGCACAGCAUUUACUGUUACAGUGGAUGCAAAACAUGGUACAACCACUGGCGUGUCAGCUCGUGAUCGUGCUACUACAGUAAAGGCCUUGGCAUCAAAGGACUCCAAGCCUGGGGACUUUAACCGUCCUGGCCAUAUCUUUCCAUUGAAGUAUAAAGAGGGAGGUGUUCUGAAGAGAGCUGGACAUACUGAAGCUUCUGUUGAUUUUGCUAUGUUAGCUGGAUUAAAUCAUGUUGCAGUUAUUUGUGAGAUUGUGGAUGAUGAUGGCUCAAUGGCUAGAUUGCCUAGGCUCCGUGAAUUUGCACAGAAGGAAAACCUCAAGAUAGUCUCUAUUGCAGAUCUAAUAAGGUACCGGAGAAAAAGAGCCCAAUUAGUAGAACGUUCUUCUGCUGCAAGGAUCCCUACAAUGUGGGGGCCUUUCACAGCUUACUGUUACAAGUCAUACCUGGACGGCAUAGAGCAUAUUGCAAUGGUUAAGGGAGAAAUGGGCGACGGACAGGAUAUCCUAGUAAGAGUUCAUUCAGAAUGUCUUACAGGAGACAUAUUUGGUUCAGCCAGAUGUGACUGUGGAAAUCAGCUUGCACUUGCAAUGAAACAAAUAGAGGCUGCUGGAAGGGGAGUGUUGGUCUACCUCCGUGGCCAUGAAGGCAGAGGAAUCGGUUUAGGCCAUAAGCUUCGUGCAUAUAAUCUACAGGAUGCUGGUCGUGAUACUGUUGAAGCCAACGAAGAACUGGGAUUGCCUGUUGACUCACGAGAGUAUGGAAUUGGUGCACAGAUAUUGAGGGAUUUGGGAGUUAGAACAAUGAAGUUGAUGACAAACAACCCAGCAAAAUAUAUAGGGCUCAAGGGUUAUGGUCUUGCUGUAUCUGGGAGAGUGCCUCUUGUUACUCCGAUAACAAGUGAGAAUAAGAGAUAUCUGGAAACAAAGCGUAAAAAGAUGGGUCAUGUUUAUGGCCUAGACCUAAUUAGCAGCAAUGGAAGCAGUCCAAAGACCGAAAAUGGCAAACUCAACACAAACAGUUCAUCAGAUGCUGCAGUUAACUUAUAGGUUUGAGCAUUUGACUAUAUAUAUAUAAAAAUAUUCUACACACUAAUUUAAAAUCCAGGCAAAUGCUUUUAGAAGCUCCUUGAUCAAGCCCCUUCACGUUCAUGCUAUGGAGUAUGCUUGCACCUCGAUGUCAAAUGAUCUGCAACUGUGCUUUUAUACGCUUUUGUAUUCAUAGAGAAAGAUCUCCGGUUUUUUUGUAAUAUCAUGUCAUUUUUUCGUUGAUGUGUAAAAUAGCUUUGAGCAAGUCUCAGAGGAAUGUAAUUUGUCUACUUCUCAUUCAAUGGAAUAACACGUUCUCUA